AUGAUAUCCACGUAUCCCCUCAAUGCGGGCCGCCAACGCGUCUUCGGCUCCGUCUUCUCCCCCGCGUCACUCGAAGCUCGGCCACCGUUGGCAUCUAGCUUAGGCUCCGACCAAACGCCACUCGCCUCGUUUCAACCCAAUUCUUCCUUUUCAACUGUGAAAACCGGCUCAUUCACAUCACUUCAACAUGAACAAUCCGCCGCUGCACCGCUAGACCGGGAAAAAUGGGACCAGGCAUGGUCCGCGUCAACCGCCUUUCUAGCCGUUCCCAAUCAAGGAUUUGCCCCAAUUUACGAAGCAAGAGAGACCGAUGGUAGUGAAGCACUGAAGGAAUGGAGCCGACUUAGUCCUCCGUCCAAGGAGACUGCCGAGGCACUGUCGUACCUGACGGCUGCAGCCCAGCAGGGCAGUACUUCACUGGGAGCGACGACACCAAAGAACUUGUUUGAUUGGUAUGGUGAUGAGAUUCGGAGGCAUUUUUUGACGAAUCUUCGGAGUGGACUAUACAAGCUCCUAAAGAACCCCGAGAAGGAAGGCCUGCUGCGAACGAUCGUGGACUGCUUGCAACUAGCCCGUCGCAUCUACCUGGCCCCCGUUGUGCAUUAUCUGCUCCCGCUACUGCCGACGCGAGAACAAGGAAGAGUUCUGACUCAACUGCAACGCGCAUUUCAUACAGUGGCCUCUCACUCACUGCCAUGGUCCACAAUAUCACCCUUACUUGGCGGAGAACUAGCCAAGGACUCAUUGAUUAUCUUGGGUAUCGAUACGUUGAUCGAGCAGUCACGUGAGGAUGAAAGCAGCCAGGAUGGCAUGGAGGUCGACCGGCAGUAUUCGGUCUCGUAUGAGGACUGGAAGAACGAGACAUCCGAAGUGCAGGCCCAAAUGAUGACUGAGGGUGAAAAUGGACGGGUCACGAUGGCCCGGGACCGACUUCUCGCGUUCCUGAAUGGUCUGCAGCUUGUUGGGCUUGGCGGCGAUAAAGCCCAGAAGGUCUUCGCUAGCGUGAUGAAUCUCAUGAUGACCGAGUUCGUCCGCGCCGCCUAUACGAGACAGUGGGAAACACCGACAGCAGUACCACAGCACUUGCAACACUGGAUUGAAAAUGUUUUCGCUCGCCUGGCAGUGCAGGUUCUGGCGAUCAUACAUACACCAGCCCCGGGAAGCCAGUCUCCUGGCUCGUUGGAUGUAAGCUUUGGCGACGUGGAAAGGUGGCAGGAGAUUGGCAUUGCUCGUCUGGGAGCUCUUCGCACCAGCGAGCUUUUUGAUAUCAUUGUUGAAUGGCCUGCGAGCAGCGGGGCUGUCGAAGACCUGCGACAUUUCACCACUCACCCUGCGGCCCGAGCUCAUGUAACACAGUCGUUCAUUGCAAUCCUGAAUCAGCGACUGUUGCACCCCGGCGCCUCUACUGUUGAGAUUCUGCAGUUGUAUAUAUCUAUCAUCCGGGCCUUUCAUCUUUUGGACCCGAAGGGCGUUCUUUUAGAUCGCAUUGCUCGGCCAAUCCGGCGGUACCUGCGAGGCCGUGAUGAUACUGUGAAGGUCAUUGUCGGCGGUCUCCUAGCCGAGCCAGCGACGGCCGACGCAGCGGCCUUGCCUUCCACCAAUGACACCCUGGUCGAGCUGUCGACCGAGCUCUCCAAGGCCCACCAGCUUUCCCUACAAAACAAUACUAGUGAACUGGACUGGGAUGAUAUGAACUGGGUGCCGGACCCUAUCGACGCAGCGACCGACUAUCGCAAAUCAAAAAGCUCGGAUGUCAUCGACAGUCUAGUCAGCUUAUUCGAUUCAAAGGAGACAUUCGUGAAGGAACUCCAAACCCUCCUCAGCGAUCGCCUCCUCCAAAAGCGAGAGGACUACGACCAGGAGAUUUCAGUCCUGGAGCUGCUCAAGGUGCGCUUCGGUGACUCAGCGCUGCAAGCAUGCGAAGUCAUGCUGCGCGAUAUUUCGGAUUCUCGCCGUGUCGAUGCCGUUGUCCGCAACGACCAAGGUUUAUCCAAACCACCCGCCCGCAUCCACGCGAAGCGCCCGUUAAAUCAACCCUUGCCAGAACUUCAUGCCAAGAUCCUAUCGCGCUUCUUCUGGCCCGAGAUCCAGGACCAGGAGUUCAAGGUUCCCGACGAGAUCGCCUCUUUACAGGAUCGCUACUCCGCCGGCUUCGAAGCUCUCAAAGCCUCUCGCAAACUUACCUGGCGUAAUGGAUUGGGUCAGGCAACUGUCGAACUGGAGCUGAGUGACCGCUCUUUCUCCGAGGAAGUUACAACCUGGCAAGCAACCGUCAUCUACGCUUUCCAAUCGACCGACGACGACAACGUCACGAGGACCGUAUCCUAUCUCGCUGAGCAGCUGCACAUGGCAGCUACCCUCGUCCGCUCUGCGUGCUUGUUCUGGGUGAGCAAGCGGAUCCUGGUCGAAUCAUCGCGCGACACCUUCCGCGUCCUCGAAUGCCUGCCCACAGAUGACGAAAUGGAAGCCGACGCAUCCGGGCACAAUUCCGGCGCCGCGGACCUACAAUCUGGAGCUGUAUCUAACGCUGCUGCCGCCGCCGCAGAAGCGGCCGCCAUGGCAGCAGCCAAGGAGACAGCCGAGGCCGCGGCAAUGGAGAAGAUGAACCUCUACUGGCAAUUCAUCGUUGGCAUGCUGACGAACCAAGGCGCUAUGCCGCUGCAGCGCAUCGUUAUGAUGCUGAAGAUCGUGGUGCCGGGCGGUUUUCCGUUCAGUAAUGAGGAGCUGAGAGAGUUUCUGGCAGGGAUGGUUUCGCGGAAGAAGUUGGAAAUUGUUAGUGGCGGGAACUACAAGCUUGUGCAUUAG